CACCUAAAGCCAAUCAGCUGAACCGCAGCUGAUCGUAUAAGGGAGAUAAUCAGGCAACUUCCGUAUACAAGGACAUUGCGCGCCAAAACCGGUUCAAACUGCCUGAGAGACUUGCGCCAUCAUUCUUCAGUCGUCCUCUAAAAGCAAAGCUAAUUAUGGCAGAAAUGACCCAGUGUCCAUUGACAGAUCUUGUCCAGUUCAAGCUUGUUUUGGUUGGAGAUGGCGGUGUAGGAAAAACCACAUUCGUCAAGCGACACAUGACAGGAGAAUUUGAAAAGAAAUAUGUUGCAACGCUUGGUGUGGAAGUCCAUCCACUAGUGUUCCACACAAACAGAGGGCCGAUCAAAUUCAAUGUAUGGGACACAGCAGGACAGGAGAAGUUCGGUGGUCUUAGAGAUGGCUAUUAUAUUCAGGGGCAGUGUGCCAUUAUCAUGUUUGAUGUGACGUCUCGUGUGACAUAUAAGAAUGUUCCUAACUGGCAUAGAGACUUAGUUCGUGUGUGUGAAAACGUGCCAAUUGUUCUGUGUGGCAACAAAGUGGAUAUCAAGGAUAGGAAAGUGAAAGCCAAGACCAUCACCUUCCAUAGGAAGAAGAACUUGCAGUACUAUGAUGUCUCAGCCAAGAGUAACUACAACUUUGAGAAGCCAUUCCUGUGGCUGGCACGUAAGCUGGUGGGUGACCCCAAUCUGGAGUUUGUGGCCAUGCCUGCCCUCCAGCCCCCAGAGGUUCAGAUGGACGAGGAGCUUAAGGAGAAGUAUGAAGAAGAGUUGAAGACGGCACAAGGGCUUGCUUUACCAGAGGAUGAUGACGAUAUUUAGUGUGAUAAAAACUUCACUGUGGACUACUUUCAGUAACUAUAUGCGCAUGUUCAUCUCCGCAAUCAUCAUUUAAAUGCCUCUGUGCGCAAAACUCCAGUGUAAAGCUCUUUGGGAUCACAAUUUGAAGCUCGUACUGAUUCACUCUUUGGUGCCUACUCCUAUGUCCCACAGAAGUAACAGUGGGCGAUCACAUAGCCAGUGAAUAUAUUGUUAGAAUAUUGGACACAAGAAGUGAAGGACUGGACAGACAGAGGAUACUGUGUAUUCUGAUGGAGAUUAUUAUGCUGAAGUCUAGCAUCAGUAUGACUGAGAUCUGACAAUUCAAGUCCAGGCUUGUUUGGUGUUUCUAUUCACGGCGGUACCAGUGGAUAAUCUUAUUACAUGCGCUAAGUAAAGCCAAGGUGUUUUCAUAGAUUCAUCAGAUACUAUAUGUACAUUUUCAGAAGCACUUUCUGUGUACAAAAAUUACUAUUAUGUGACUGGUGCAUUGUAUUUAAAUGUUUAAGUGAAAAUAAAUUUGAUGUAUUAUA